AUGGAAGUCAUCCAAGAGGAGACACAACAACCUUUGGAAAAAAGGGGAAAAACAACAGAUGACCCCAAAGAGAAAGGGGCAGCAUCCAAAAAAUUGGAGCCCAAGAAGGCUGAAAAGGAGGCAGCAAGUGGAGCCUCAGCCAGCUCUUCCUCAGGAGAGCAUGCAAAGCCCUUGGAAAAAGAGGCAGUAAAAGAAAAGCCUGAAAAGCCAUUGGAAAAGGAUGCAGUAAAAGGAGAGCCUGGAAAGCCCUUGGAAAAAGGGAAAGCAACAGAAGAGCUUGCAAAGCCUUUGGAAAAAAGGCAAGCAGAAAAUGAACCACCAAAAAAAGAAGAAAGCAAGCCUGUGGAAACAGAGCUAGCAGCACAUGAGCCUGCAAAACCCUUGGAAAAAGGGCAAGCAAAAAAUGAACCUGGACAAGAAGCAGGCAAGCCCUUGGAAACUGUCAAGCAAGAGCCUGCACCAGAGCCAACAGAAGAAGAAUGGCAAGAUCACAAGACCCCAAAGCAAAAGCAAAGAACAAGCAGGGGGUAUGUGAGCCUGGGGUCAGAAUCUGCCAGCUCCUCUAGGGCCAGCAGCCACAAGGGGACACCUGCACAGCCUGCCAGGAUGUCUCUACUGGAGCCUUUGCAAAAAAGGCAGGAGGUCACUGAGCCUUUGGAAAAAAGGCAAGAGAUCCCUAGGCCUUUGGAAAUAAGGCAAAGGUUGGCCCUGGAUUGGCACAAUGUCUUCCAGCUGACCUACAGGGGGGAAGACUAUGUGCCAAAUGCCCACAUCAGAGCCUUCUGGGACCUGCAGGCAGAAGGAUUUGAGAUUUAUCUCCUGACCUUUUGUGGCAGAGAAAGGGGUGACACAGUGGUCAAAUGGGCCAAGUCUCUCCCCAUCAAGUGGGGCUACAUCAAGGUAGUUGGGGACAGGUAUGAGCUCCACACAUGGGCCAAGAAGGAAGGCCUGGAGACCUACAGGGACUUUGUCAAAGUGGUGGAAGAAGACACAGUGGAAGGAGCAAAGGCACUCCUGCAGAAGCUCAUGACCAAGGAUGAAAAAACAAAACUUUGGUCCAAACACCAGACCUACUUGAAGGGCAACCAAGAUGAAAAGAGCACAUAUGAUGAAGCAAACAAAAAGGAAAAAACUGACAUGACAAUGGCGUGGCUCUUGAAAAAAGAGCAUUCAAAGUACUACCAGGUGUCCAAGGAGAUGGAAGGAUCCACCAAGGCAAAGAGGAGUGAGCAGUGGGUCAGUGAGAUGGUGAUGCUCACAAGAUGGUCUUGGGAGGAAUUACAGAUGCAUUUAGCAUCUGGGAGGAUUGUAGCAAGGGAGUGUGCCUCUACCUGGGGGGUCUAUGAGUAUUGUGACAUGCAGGAUUGGGUCACAGUCCAGGCUGCACAAUCAAAAAACCGAGCCAGAAUUGCACAAGAGUAUGUUCCAAACUCUGAUGAUGAGAUGCUGCUGGACUCAUGCAUGCAAGGCAACAUGAAAGCUAAUGCCAGCAGGCUCUUGGCUCAGAGUUCUGGCAGCAAAGGGCUUGGAAAAAGCUCAAGCAAAGGGAAAGGGAAAGGCAAAGGAAAGGGAAAAGGGAAAGGAGAUAGUCAGCUAGCCUUGCAGGAUAGGGAAGAAAAGCAAGCAGAAGAUGAAGAAGAGGAUGAAGACAAAACAGAAGAAGAGCAGCUGAAGGAUGCUUACAAGAAAGCAAAGAAGGCCAGGGACAUGGCAACAGCAGUCUGUGCAGACUUUGAGGAUUGCUUGGCAAAAGCAAACCCCUACUUGAGCAAGGCAUCAAAGCAAAAUGGCUUGAAGGACCAGCAGCUCUUGGCUGCCAUGGGCAACAAACUGAAGGAAGCUGUCAGCAAAGAAAAUGUAACCCUGAAAAAGUUAAAGUCUAUGCUUCAAGAAACUGCCAACAAAGUCAAGGAGGUAAAGGACACAAUGAAAGAGUUGAAGCAAUUGGCCAACAAGGCUGGCAGCAUUGCUUCCAAGGUCUCAGUCAAGGAUGCUUGCUGGCAGCCAGCUGUUGCUCAAGAGAGCCUUGCAGAAAGGCCAGAUGCAGAGGCAGAAGAUCCAAGCCCCUUUGCCACCAAGCUGCUGAGCCACUGGGCCCAUGGUACUUUGAGUGCCAUAGCCAUACAAGAAUUGGCACAUUUGGCACAGCUUGGUGGAACCAGCCAUGCAGAAGUGGCAGCCCUUGCAAAAAGUGGCAAUUAUGGUGAAAACCCAGGGAACAUUCACAAGGCAAUCAUGCAAACCUUUUUGCCUAAUGUUUCCAUCCCAGCUGGGUUUGAUGUGGAGGUGGCCACCACAAAGGACACCUGGCCAGCUUUGUGGAAAUGGUUCAGCUGGAGUUUCCAUGCCUUGCAAAAAGGCUUCCACCCCUCCAGGGAUCCAGAUGGAAAACCCUUGGAAAAAGGGUCGCCUUUCUAUCCACACAAAGGAAAGGCUUUGGCAUCUUCUUUCACAGCAGCCAUCUGGACCAUCAUUGGUGAUCAGGAAUUCUUCUCCUUGCAGCUGGGCUUGCCUCACUGGGCAUCAAAGAAUCCAUGCCACCAAUGCAACUGCACCAGCAAGAGUGGAGACCUUCCAUAUUCUUGGUUGGAUCCAGAUGUGUUCACCUAUGUGAACACAAAGGUGGCCAAGGCCAACCCCAGCUCUACCCAUCCAAUCUUCAGCAUUGAUGGGGUCACCAGCAGGAUGGUGAGGGGGGAUGGCUUACAUAUCCUUUUCACAAAGGGAUUGUAUGCCCAUCUGUUGGGAAGCUGCCUGCACUACAUGUGCUGGUUUGACCCAAUCACUGGACACCAAGUGGUCAAACCACAGGAGCGCCUUGCUGUCAUCUUUACUGAAGUGCAGAAAUUCUACAAAGUGCAAGGGGCUGGAACAGUGCUCACCAACCUCAAGCUCAGCAUGUUUACCAAUGAAAAGUCCCCACACCAGUCCCAUGCAUUCCUAGAUGCAAAAGGGGGCGAAUGCAAAUGGUUGGCACCAGCCCUGCUGGAGGUGAUGAAAAAAAUGCUUGGUCCAGAAAGGGAUCACCAUGCCCAUAUGAUACAAUGUGUCGAGAUCAUGGUGCAGCUGGUCUUCUUGUGGGAUUCAGCAGACAUCUUCCUCACUGAAGCAGAAGAAGAACUCACAAUGAGUUUGUGCAACUCCUUCCUGCAGGAAUACACCUACUUGAACCAUUGGGCAGAAACAUCUGGCAGAAAGCUUUUCCACAUUGUCUUCAAGCACCACACCUUCAUCCAUCUUUGCCUUGGAGCUGCAGAAAUGAAUCCCAGAUUCCAUUGGUGCUUUAAGUCAGAAGACUUUGUGGGGGCUAUAGCCAGGCUUGCACACUCUUGCACCUCUGGAGUGGCAAGCACCAGGCUCAGCACCAAAGUUCUCCCCAAGUAUGCAAUUCUACUCCAUUUGUUGCUUACAAGAGAAGGCUUCAGCAUGGAAGGUUAG